CUAUUCUUGAUUGUGAUGGUUACAUGAAUGUGCAUUUCUCAAAACUUAUAGAAUAGCAUGCCAAAAAGUGAAUUCUGCUAUAUAAAUUUAAAAAAUAAAUGCGUAAAAGUAAAAAUAAAGUAAUAGGCCCAUGCUAAAUUCAAACAAUACAAGUAAUUCAGUAAAAAGCCUCCCUCUCAAAUCUUUGUGGUGAUAGAAUAAUAGUUUUGUAUUUUGAGUGCAGUGGUGGUUACACAAAUCCACACAUGUGAUAAAAUGACAUAGAACUAUACACACACUUUAUACCAAUGUCAAUUUCCUGCUUUUUGUCUUAUACUAUAGUUAGGAUGUAACCAUUGCGGGGGAAACUGGGUAAAGGAUUCUGGGAGCUCUAUUAUUUUGCAACUUUGUGUGUGUGUGUGUGUGUGUGUGUAUGUGUUUUAAGUAUCUUCCAACCAAGCUUCCAGACUCUAGUCCUGCUCUCCAGAGGCAAACGCUAUUACAAAUUUCUUUCAUAUGCUCUGCAUAUGAAAUCGAAUAUCUCAUAUAUGGAUGUGUACAUAUAAAUUUAUACACGCUUAUAACACAAACAGUACCAUGUUAUACACAUUGUUCUGCACCUUUCUAUUUUUAACUAACUCUUACUUUGGAGGUUUUUCCAUAUCACAAACACGUGGAUCCACAUCAUUCUUUUUCCCUGCUUCAUAAUAUUCCAUCACACAUUGGUAGCAUGCUUUAUUUCAAGUUUCUUAGCGGUGGACAGUCCGGUCUUAACAAGGAAUUGAAUUUAAGUAAUUUAGACAUUUUUAAAAUAUGAAAGGUGAGCUGGAGUUGAGACUAAACACAAAGUUUUCACAGGUUCAAGACUUGCCUCCAAAAUAGCUUUUGACCGGAAGAGGAACGCCAGAGGCUGGAGAGGCAAAACGCUGGGAAAUUUCCUCGGCCAAUGGGGAAGCGGUGGGGCGGUCAGAGAAUUACUGCCGGGUAGGAUUUCGCUGAGGGGCGCCCUACUGCUGGAGUUGGAGGCCAUACUCCAAGCCAAGCUCUCCCCAGGCUGCUGCUCGGCCAUACCGAAGUGCGUCAGGGUUAUGCACCAUGUAGUGAUGCGUGGCGGUCUCCAGCCUCAGGCAGGGAUCCACUCCCCAGGCAGAUUCUGAACCCCCACCGCCUCCAGCCCACGCGCGCAGGGGGCGUACACGUGGUGACCUGCCUGGGGCCGGUUCCCUGCUCGGGCUCCUCCUCCUUCCAGCUCUCGUUCUGCUUUCUGCAGUAUCACGUGCAGCCGCGCCGGGUGCAGGAUGGCGGCGGCUGCAGCCGCGGUGGGCGUCAGGCUCUGGGACUGCUGCAGCCAGGGCGCUGUGCUCCUGCUCUUCUUCUCCCUGUCCCCUAGGCCACCGGCCGCCGCCGCCUGGCUGCUGGGCCUGCGGCCCGAGGACACCGCUGGAGGCCGCGUGUCCCUGGAGGGGGGCACCCUGCGCGCGGCAGAAGGCACCAGCUUCCUCCUGCGGGUGUAUUUCCAGCCUGGGCCCGCGGCGCCUGUGGCGCCGGUGCCCGCACCCACCCUUUCAACGGGGGUGAACGGCACCGGCGACUGGGCUCCGCGGCUUGUGUUUAUCGAGGAGCCCCCGGGCGGGAGCGGCGUGGCGCCCAGCGCUGUCCCCACGCGCCCCCCGGGGCCGCAGCGCUGCCGAGAGCAGAGCGACUGGGCGUCGGACGUGGAGGUCCUGGGGCCCCUGCGCCCCGGAGGCGUGGCAGGCUCGGCUCUAGUCCAGGUGCGGGUGCGGGAGCUGCGCAAGGGCGAGGCAGAGCGGGGCGGCGCGGGCGGUGGCGGGAAGCUCUUCUCGCUGUGCGCCUGGGACGGGCGCGCCUGGCACCACCACGGCGCCGCCGGCGGCUUCCUGCUGCGCGUCCGCCCGCGGCUCUAUGGCCCGGGCGGGGGCCUGCUACCCCCUCCGUGGCUGCGGGCUCUUGGGACGCUUCUGCUGCUCGCCCUGUCUGCCCUGUUCAGCGGCCUGCGCCUGAGCCUGCUCUCGCUGGACCCGGUGGAGUUACGGGUGCUGCGGAACAGCGGCUCGGCCGCCGAGCAGGAGCAGGCGCGCCGUGUACAAGCCGUGCGCGGCAGGGGCACACAGCUGCUCUGCACCCUGCUCCUGGGCCAAGCCGGAGCCAACGCGGCCCUGGCCGGCUGGCUGUACACUUCGCUGCCGCCGAGCGUCGGGGAUCCCGGGGAAGACUACGGCGAGGCAGGGCUUCACUUCCCGUGGCUGCCGGCACUCGUGUGCACCGGCGCCGUGUUCCUGGGCGCUGAGAUCUGCCCCUAUUCAGUGUGUUCUCGGCACGGGCUGGCCAUUGCUUCGCACAGCGUCUGCCUGACCCGGCUGCUGAUGGCAGCCGCCUUCCCCGUGUGCUACCCGCUGGGCCGACUGCUGGACUGGGCUUUGCGCCAGGAGAUCAGCACCUUCUACACGCGGGAGAAGCUGCUGGAGACGCUGCGGGCGGCGGACCCCUACAGCGACCUGGUGAAAGAGGAACUCAACAUCAUCCAGGGCGCCCUGGAGCUGCGCACCAAAGUGGUGGAGGAGGUGCUGACCCCCCUCGGAGAUUGCUUCAUGCUGCGCUCUGACGCUGUGCUCGACUUCGCCACGGUCUCCGAGAUCCUGCGCAGUGGCUACACUCGCAUCCCCGUGUACGAGGGCGACCAGAGGCACAACAUUGUGGACAUUCUGUUUGUCAAGGACUUGGCCUUCGUGGACCCCGAUGACUGCACCCCACUCCUCACCGUCACCCGCUUCUACAACCGGCCCCUGCACUGUGUCUUCAAUGAUACCCGGCUGGACACGGUGCUGGAGGAGUUUAAAAAGGGGAAAUCUCACCUGGCCAUUGUCCAGCGGGUAAAUAAUGAGGGAGAAGGGGAUCCCUUCUAUGAGGUGAUGGGCAUCGUCACACUGGAGGACAUCAUAGAGGAGAUCAUUAAGUCGGAGAUCCUGGAUGAAACUGACCUCUACACCGACAAUCGGAAAAAGCAGAGGGUCCCGCACCGGGAGAGGAAGCGGCAUGACUUUUCCUUGUUUAAGCUUUCUGACUCGGAGAUGCGGGUGAAGAUCUCUCCACAGCUCCUGCUGGCCACACACCGCUUCAUGGCCACAGAAGUGGAGCCCUUUAAGUCUCUGUACCUCUCAGAGAAGAUCCUGCUUCGGCUCCUGAAACAUCCCAACGUGAUCCAGGAGCUGAAGUUUGAUGAGAAGAACAAGAAAGCCCCAGAACACUACCUCUACCAGCGCAACCGACCUGUGGACUAUUUUGUGCUGCUUCUCCAGGGGAAGGUGGAGGUGGAGGUUGGGAAGGAAGGCCUUCGCUUCGAGAAUGGAGCCUUCACCUACUAUGGCGUCCCAGCCAUCAUGACCACUGCGUGCUCAGAUAACGACAUGCGGAAGGUGGGAAGUCUGGCUGGAUCCUCUGUCUUUCUGCCCGUCUCUGUGUCCCAUACCUUCGCCUUCAGCAGAGGGGACUCUCUGGCAGGCUCCCCAGUCAACCGCUCCCCUUCUCGCUGCAGUGGGUUGAACCGCUCCGAGUCUCCCAGCCGUGAGCGCAGUGACUUUGGGGGAAGCAACAGCCAGCUGUGCUGUAGCAGCAACAACCUCUACACUCCUGACUACUCGGUCCACAUCCUCAGCGACGUGCAGUUUGUGAAGAUCACACGGCAGCAGUACCAGAAUGCACUCACCGCCAGUCACAUGGACAGCUCACCCCAGUCCCCCGACAUGGAGGCCUUCACUGACGGAGACUCCACCAAGGCUCCCACGACCCGGGGCACACCCCAGACCCCCAAGGAUGAUCCUGCUGUCACCCUCCUGAACAACAGGAACAGCCUGAGGUGCAGCCGCUCAGGUGGGCUGAGAAGCCCCAGCGAGGUUGUGUACCUGAGGAUGGAGGAGAUGGCCUUCACCCAGGAGGAUAUGACAGACUUCGAGGAGCACAGCACCCAGCACCUCUCGCUAUCUCCUGCAGCUGUUCCCACGAGAGCAGCAUCAGAUAGUGAACGUUGCAACAUCAACCUGGACACAGAAACCAGCCCCUGCAGUAGCGACUUCGAGGAAACCGUGGGCAAGAGGCUGCUGAGAACCUUCAGUGGUCGAAAAAGAAAGAAGUCAUCUGAUGGAGAGAGGGCCUCUGAGGACAACUCCAAUCUAACGCCUCUGAUCACAUGACAGGGCAGACAGCCUUUGUCGGGUGCGUGAGAUUCCAGAGCUUUGGGGGAGAACCCACCCUCCCAUCAUCUGCUUCUCCCCAAGGCCUCCCACAGGUGACAGAGUGUCCGCUUUCCUCAUCACCUCUUCACCCCUGUCCGUUGGGCAGAUUUUCCCUCGUUGCCUCCAGUUUGACUCAAAGCCUUGCUGUGGCCAUAAUGAAAUGAGGUGCCUCCAGUGGAACAUGCUAGAAAUGGUCUUGUCCACAGGCCAGUCUGGGACUGGAGAAGAAAUUACCCCAAGCUGACAAUGCCACUCUGGGACCCCUGAUGCCCUUUUUGUUCUUUGAGAUCCCCUGAUGCCAUAUUUCACGCUUAGCUUAGCUCAGAAGUUGCCACUGGCAAACAGGCACAUAGGAGGCUGGAGUAGCAGGUAUGAAGGUUAGCUCAGGAGAUGCACCAAGAAUUCCUCCAUGACUUUAGGGCAGUGGGACUCACCCAUGUGGGCAUGUGAAGUUACAGUACAGAAAACUGUCAGUGACCGGUUUCCUGUUAGAUAAAGGUUCCAGCAGCCUGGGAAGUGCGUCUCAGCUGGAAUGGAAAGAAUGUGAGAUGGAACCUCAAGUCACUGUUUCUCCCAGGGAUACAUCUUGCUUUGGCUUCCGAUCUGCAGUGAUCGAUCCAUCAAUAAAUCUGCUCUGCAAGAGAAGGAGCAGGGAGCAGAAAGAUCCAAUUGGGAGCCAGAGAUGGAACUUCAGGUUUUCAGUUCAAAUAAAAGCAAAAAAAUUAUAUGGAAAAAUUCUAAGCUGUUAAAGCAAGUUUAGCCAUGACAAACCAAAGAGUGCCCAGGUCAGCCAAGAAGGAUGCAAGUUCUCAUGGGACUUCAAUGUGCAUUACACAGGAACAUUGAAGAAUCAUUCUUCUUUUUCAUCCGUCACCCCACCCCCCAGCCCUUACUGCAUCCCAGCAGGUCAGCUAAGUGUACUUUAUUCCAAGAACGUAUUAGAACGCUGGUUUUUCACCAGGAUGUGGGGGCGAUGCAAUUCCAAGCAUAACCACCAGAUGGCAGGAUUACAGCACAUACCUACUUGAAGAAUAAUUCUGAUCAGAGCACAUAGCCAGCCUUAGGGAAAAUGUGGAAGUUAAGUGAAGAUUGUCUUUGGGACAACGGCGUUCCUUUCUGAUCUGUCUCCCACCCUUGGGUUCCCUGGAUCAGGGAUCCAGUGAUCCAGUGCUGUCUGCUGAACCUCCAAACCAUUUCCUAACUUUUCCCUGGGGCAUAGCAUCCAGGCUUAUCUCCCCUUCCUCCACAGCCAUUUCUCCUACGUCCCCACACCCACUGAAUCAAUAACCACAUGGAGAGGGGGACACCGAUCAUUCCUCUGGGUUAUUUGCAGCUCAAAAGAAAAUGUUUGCCCACAGGAACCUUUAACUCAGGGGUCCUUAACUUGGGGUCCGUCACCCCGGGGUCCAUUGUUGGACUUCAGAGAGUCUAUGAAACCCAUAACACUGUAGGAAUUUAGUGUAUGUGUUCUUAUGCCUAUUCCCUCCCCCCCCCCUCCCGAGGGCUAAAGCUUUCAUGAGAUUCUCAAAGGUCUUAGACCCACAAAAGGUUAAAAACCACUGUUUUAACUGAAAGUGGAACUUUCAGCCUAAAGUUUCUGCAAUGCAGAGAGUGAACACUGGGCAGUGUGAGACAGAUUUUUAGUUGUAAGUGGUCUUCACGAGUGUCCAUGAAAUCGAUGGGGAACGCCAGCACCCACCGAGAAGUGGAAAUCCUCGGAAAUUCUUGUCACACCCUAGGCUACUGUAUAACCUACACCCCAUGUAACUUUGUCCCCUCUUCCCCUCCAAACCAGAGCAGGUGUUGCAAACAGGAGGGCCACAGCAUGUGGAAGUGAAGACUUUCCAGCUGGCGAUGCCUGUUCCGGCCAUGUCUUACUGACUUCACACCCCUGCCUGGCACCCCCUGAGUCUCAGCAGUGCAUGACUUCUCAUAGAUAGCUCCACAGCUACCACCCACCCCCAACACCUACUUUUGCCUGGUAGGAAUAGGCAAAGUGCCCCUCUCCUACAACCCCCAUGCUGAGUGCCUCACCAGCAAACAGUGUCAGGAACUCCCAUCAUGCAGUUCUUGCCCAGCUGCCACUGGCCCCUAGGGGGCCUGCCUGGCUAGUGUUCCUUACAUUACUUAGGCCACGGGGCUCAGGCCACUGCUGUUGCAUUACAUCCAUCCCUUUGCAGAAUCCUAAGGAGCCUGUCACCUAUUCCCCACCCCCAAGAUUUUCUUCAGGUUCAAAAACAAAGUUUAAAAACAAAAAGAGGAUUCUAAUUUUAAAA